AUGGGUGUAAGACACGUGAAUGUGUUACAAGUCGUUUCCGGGUGGCAGGCAGUGGAAUUAAUAGUGAAAUGUGUGUUUGUGGGCGUGUGGCAAAUAAUACAGAUGUCCUUUAAGAGAUUCUGGAAAGGACACAGAAAGAAAUCCGUGAAUGAUCCGCCUGUUGAGCUGUCUGUGGAUGCUUCUAUUGGAACACAUUGCUAUGUAAAAGUUAUGGGAGUCAAAUAUCACUAUGUAGAAACAGGCCCAAGAUCUGGUACAACCAUUCUCAUACUCAAAGACGCACCAGAUUCUGGUAAAUUAUGGAGUCCAAAUUGGGUGGACUUUAUCAGAAGACUGGCUGAAAGUGAUUACCACGUGAUUACCCUGGAUCUCAGGGGGACUGGGGGGAGUGAGGGAGGAUACCGCAGUAAUCUGUCACCUCCGCGAGCAGUGGCGGAGUUGUCGACACUGCUGGGAGCUUUUGGAGUGUCAGAAAAUAAGCCGGCGGUUGUAAUUGGGUUCGGGAUUGGUGGAAUGCUUGCCUGGUAUCUAGUUCACUCGCGAGGUCCGUUGGUAAGCAAGUUUGCUGUCGUCGACGCUCCACAUCCAAACUUAUAUUGGCAGUACCCGCCAGCAGCAUUUUGUUACAAAGCCCUCCACUUUAUACAGUGGCCAUACUUCCCUGAACGAUGGCUGGCUGAUGGGGAGCCGAAGGAUGUAGCAGGGAAAUGGGCGAGCUCCAGGGCGUGUGAUUGGUCCGGAGCACUUAAUUAUGUAAGAGGAGCUGCGUGGUGGCAAGUGAAACCAGGUCUUCGAACGUCCCCACCAGCGUUACUUGUAGGUAACAAAGAGAGUGCAGCCCAACUGGUAUCCAGUGCCCAACACUGUACCAGCUCCACAUUAAAACUGGUCAAUGAACCAAAACCUAGUAGUAAGGAGCUAUCUGCUAUUCUGCUGGACUUUCUUAUAGUGAAAGAAAAAGUGGUAGAAGUCCAGCGCGGGCUGGUGGGGCGCGUGUUCGGCGCCGUCGCGGAGCGCGGACGCGAGCUCACCGCGCGCCUCGUGCUGCCGCCCGCGCACGCCUGA